UACAGAAGAGUAUUGGAGGCCCAUGCAGUUCGUCCAUCGACAGACUCGAAGAAACAACUCAGAUCCUAAGCCGCGCCCCUGCACCGCCCUGCCCCGCCAACAUGCUCGCCACCAUGAACGGAACAGCGCCAAACCCCAAGAAAUCGCCGCCGGAAACCGCGCUGACCAACGGCUGCGCGAUAGUCAACGGCGCUUCGGUUCAGAACGGCGCUUCGGUUAAGAACGGCGCUUCGGUUCAGAACGGCGCUUCGGUUCAGAACGGCGCUUCGGUUCAGAACGGCGCUUCGGUUCAGAACGGCGCUUCGGUUCAGAACGGGGCGGCGGAGAACGGGAAGGAGGAGGAAGGCGGGGAGCUCUUGCAGAAGGUCCUGGAGAUCGUGUUGCGGGAGAAACUCGUGACGGGGAUCGAGGCGCCGGGGAAGGUGAUCGAGUUCAAGCAGCCCGAGGAACUGAAGAAACUGUUCGACCUGCAAGUGGGCCAAGGCGGCUGUUCCCUCGACGAGGCGCACGCCCUUCUUGAAAAGGUGGUCCGGUACAGCGUGAAGACAACCCACCCGCAUUUCUACAACCAGCUGUUCGCGGGCAUCGAUGAAGUGGCGUUGACCGGGGCUUGGCUCACUGAGGCCCUCAAUACAAAUCAGUACACGUUCGAGGUGGCGCCCGUAUUCAUGCUGGUGGAGCACGAGGUCAUCCGGCAGCUGGUGGAGCUCUACGGCUUCGAGGACGGGGACGGCAUCUUCGCUCCGGGUGGCAGCAUGAGCAACAUGUACGCGAUGGUCCUCGCGCGCUACAAGAAAAACCCGAAUGUCAAGAAGACCGGCGUGUUUUCCCUCAAGCCCCUUAUUGUUUUCACGUCUGAUCAGGGCCACUACUCCGUCAGUAAGAGCGCCUCCUGGCUGGGCAUCGGCAUGGACCAUGUCGUGCCCGUAGCAACCGACGACCAAGGCAGGAUGAUCCCCGAGGCCCUCCGGCAAGCGGUGCAGAAGGCCCGGGAGCAGGGAGGGGAUCCUUACUUCGUCAACGCCACCGCCGGGAGCACCGUCUUCGGCGCCUACGACCCCCUCGAUCAGCUGGCCGAUGUUUGUGCCGCGGAGGGACUGUGGCUGCACGUGGAUGGUUGCUGGGGAGGCGCCGUUGUUCUCUCCAAGAAGUACAAACACCUUGUCUCUGGAAUCCACAGGGUAGAUUCAGUCGCCUGGAACCCUCACAAGAUGUUGGGCGCAGCGCUACAAUGUUCAGCGUUCGUUACCAAGCACAAGGGGCUCCUCCACCAGUGCAACUCGGCGCGGGCGUCCUACCUCUUCCAGCAGGACAAGUACUAUGACGUGAGCUACGACACGGGCGACAAGAGCGUCCAGUGCGGCCGCAAAGUGGACGCCUUCAAGCUGUGGCUCUCGUUCAAGCUGCACGGCAUGGGCGAGCUCGAGAGGAGGGUCGACGCCGCCUUCGCCGCUUCUAGGUACUUGUGCAAGCAGGUGAAGGCACGAGAGGGCUUUCGCUUACUGCAGGAACCCCAGUGCACCAACAUGUGCUUUUGGUUCAUCCCCCCCAGCCUGAGGAACCUGCCCGAGACCCCCGAGUGGUGGGUGAAGUUGUCCAAGGUGGCGCCGCAGGUGAAGGAGCGCAUGGUACGCGAGGGGUCCCUGAUGGUCGGCUACCAGCCCGUCGCUUCGAAAGGCCUCGUGAACUUCUUCAGGAUGGUGACCACGUGCACGCCCACGCCCACGUACGCCCACAUGGACUUCGUGCUGGAUGAGGUCGAGAGACUUGGGGCUGAUUUAUAAUGAAGGGGUUAGAAUAGGGGAGGAGGGGGGAGGGAGGGAGAAGAAAAGGAGGUUAAAAUGAGAAAAUGAGAAAGGGAACGAGAUAAAAAGU